AUGGCACCUUCAACCUCAGUCAACCAAGUCCCGGAUGCGGACACCUCUACCGUCAAACACACAAACGGCAAUGGCGUCCCGCCCAGCUCCACCGACGCGCUUUCACAAAAGCAGGACAGGACCAAGACCAUAGAGGUCAAGGGCCUUCCCCACCUCCAGAAGUUCGAAGACCCGUACCAGCAGCGUCAGUAUCUCAAAGAGCGGCUGGCACUGGGAUUCCGUAUUUUCGCAAAGAACGGCUUCGACGCUGGCGUCGCAGGCCACAUCACAGUUCGGGAUCCCGUUGAGCCGCACACAUUCUGGCUGAACCCGUUCGGCGUCGCCUGGCCACUCCUCAAGGCAUCUGACCUGAUCCGCGUGGAUGAGAAAGGCGAGGUAGUCGAAGGUGGUCCCGUCAGACUCUUGAACACGGCCGCAUACAUGAUUCACCACGCAGUCCACGAGGCCCGCCCAGAAAUCAACUGCGUAGCCCACUCCCACUCCCUCUACGGCCAGGCCUUCUCCGCCUUGGGCCGCAACCUCGACAUCACCACCCAGGACACCUGCGCCUUCUACAACGACAUCGUCCUCUACAAUACCUUUGGUGGCAUCGUCCUCGGCAAAGAAGAGGGCCUGCGCAUCGCCGCCGCACUGGGCGACAAGAAGGCCGCUAUUCUGCAGAACCACGGCCUCAUCACGUGCGGCAAGAGCGUUGAGAGCUGCGUCUACUGGUUCCUCAGUCUCGAGCGCUGCUGCCACCAGCAGCUCCUCGCCGACGCCGCGGCAGGUGGCAGGGGCCACGAGACGGUCAAGGUUGACCCGGAGGAUGCCGAGUACACUUACAAGUCCGUCGGACCGGAGUUGGCGGGUUGGUUCUCGGGGAAGCCGACUUUUGACAUGAUGGAGCACGAGUCGGGUGAGGAGUAUAAGCUGUAA